GCCAGUCAACCUCUUUGAUCUUAUCCUCUUCCUCCUACCAUUUCUUACCAAUUGGCAAAAGAGGCUUUCACCCUCUUGUUUUUCACCUCAGCUACGCUUUGCCCUGCAGGUUUUCUCUCAUGUCUUGCUUCUUUGACUUCCCAGAACAAACCCUGAAGCACUUUGUAAACGGCGUGGUGGAGAUGACCCAUCAGAAACUCCGAAGAAAUGGGAAAGAGUAAGGGGGGAAGAAGGUUAUUUAAAAUGUUACGUAGAAAAAAUAAAAACGAAAAAUAUAAAAACUGACAUGUGAACAUAUUUAACCCUUAUUUUUAUAAGUAAUGAGUUCAUUGCCCGUUCAUCUACUUAUUUCAAAUAAGACUUGUCAAUUGAAUUGAACAUCGAGUGCCAGGUCGUGUGUAUUUUGCUUUCUUCCCUCGCAAUUAGCACUGAUCCAUUCACAUGUAUGUAUGUAUGUAUGUAUCUGAAUCUGAAAGUGGUUCUUCAUCCCAGCUUUCAGAUACUUUGUUGAAACUGGUAACCGAAAAAGCAUAGACUCAUCAACAUUGAUAGAGCGGUUAUAACGUCGUCGUCUUCUUAGUUAAAACUUGUAAACAUCAAAGCCCAACCAAACAGUUUUCUUUCUUUCUCAAAACAUCGAUUUGAUCCCUCUUUUCGUUUCCAUAUCCAAAUUUCACAUAGAACAAUCAAUCUCCCCGGAUCUGGAAAAGUACAGGAAUACGAGUCGAUUGCAUGAGAAAUUUCUGAAACUUUUUCCAAGUUGAAGAAAUGCGUAGCUGGGGAUCGCAAAGCCGGCUAUCUGGUCAAUCUUUUGGAUCUCGAGUUUCAGCUCUCGUGUUUGCCAUGAUCGCUACAAUGGCUACUGUUUAUGUUGCCGGCCGGCUGUGGCAGGACGCGGAAAAUAGGGUGCAUUUAGUUGAAGAGCUUGAAAAAAGAACUGGUCAGGGUCAAUCUGCCGUAUCUGUUGAUGAUACACUGAAAGUUAUAGCCUGCAGGGAACAGCAGAAGAAGUUGUCUGCCCUUGAGAUGGAACUAACUGCUGCUAGAAAGGAAGGUUUUGUUUCAAAGCAUUUGUCAGGAGACAAUGAAAAGCAGAAGCAUCCUACGAAGAAGGUUCUUUCAGUGAUAGGAGUAAUGACAACCUUUGGCCGAAGAAAGAAUCGAGAUGCAAUCCGCAAGGCAUGGAUGCCAACAGGUACUGCUAUGAAAAAACUAGCAGAUCAGAAAGGUGUCAUUGUGCGAUUUGUAAUAGGAAGAAGUGCAAACCGUGGAGACAGUUUGGACAAAGAAAUUGAAACAGAAAUCAGUCAGACGAAUGACUUCAUCAUUCUUGAUAAUCAAGUGGAGGCACCAGAAGAGAGAGCAAAAAAGAUAAAAUCGUUCUUCAUUUAUGCGGUGGACAAUUGGGAUGCUGAAUUUUAUGCCAAGGUCAAUGAUGAUGUCUAUGUUAAUCUUGAUGCCCUCGGGGGAGUACUAACUUCUCAUUUGGACAAGCCCCGUGUUUAUAUUGGUUGUAUGAAAUCAGGCCAAGUUUUCUCUGAACCGACACAGAAGUGGUACGAGCCAGACUGGUGGAAAUUUGGUGACGGAAAAUCGUACUUUCGACAUGCUUCUGGCGACCUCUAUGUCAUUUCAAAAGCAUUGGCUCAGUUUAUUUCAAUAAACAGAUUAAUUCUUCGUACAUAUGCACAUGAUGAUAUAAGUACUGGAUCAUGGUUUAUUGGGCUUGAUGUGAUGCACGUUGAUGAAACGAAGUUUUGCUGCUCCUCCUGGUCCCCAGGGGCAAUUUGUGCAGCAGUAUGACGACUUACCACUGAUAAAUUGAGUGACAUACAAAUGAUGUAUAGCAAACCGAAACCUGUUACUUCCUCCAUCAUCAUUUUUGCUUCAGGUGAUUUUCCAUUCUGAUAAUCUUCAACCAGAAGUUGAUUCUUCCACUAGAUAGUUACAUACGUUCUUCUCGGGAUUGUUCAAAGUAUUGAGAAAGGAUUUUGAUACAUUCACGACUAAUAUGCGCUUGCCUGAUUUUGACUUUUGAGAAAAUUAUCCCAUUCAAUUUUGUAAUAUAAAUUGCUCUCACAUCCUAGUCAAACUACAUAUUUUUACCCUCAUGGGAUGAUUAAUGAGAUUCGUAUAAAUUACUUAAUCACAUUAGACCUUUUUAUA